AUGCACACUUCCAGGCUAUUGGGUGGUGUGAAGGUAGAUAAGACCUCUGUGAUGAACAGCGCUGGUGGCAAGAUUGAAGUCAGCCCAGCUAUUGCUAAGGAAAUGAAACAGGAGUUGGAGAAGCUAGAGAUGCAAUAUGGCGGUGGCUCCGGAGUGGACAUGACCUCAUUCCCUACCUUCAAAUUCAAGGAGCCGAAACUGGACCUCAUCAAUAAGAGUCUCGCCAAGUGA